AUGGAGAGAGUUUCUGAGAAUCUGGAUAUCAAAACCAUCAUGAGAGGAUCUGAAGAAGAGACAGUGGCUUGGAGGUACUUUGGCAGAGAUGUUGUGCCGUUUGCUGCGAUGUUCUUAGUGGAGUGUACCAAUGUUGGGUCAAACACACUGUACAAGGCUGCAAGUUUAAGGGGCUUGAGCUUCUAUGUCUUUUUGUUUUAUUCAUAUGUCGUUGCUACACUUCUCCUUCUUCCACUUUCCUUCAUCUUUGGAAGGUCAAAAAGAUUACCUUCAGCCAAGUUUCCUCUCUUCUUCAAGAUUUUCAUACUUGGGCUUCUUGGGUUCAUGGCGCAGAUAGCUGGAUGUAAAGGUAUAGAAUAUAGUUCUCCUACUCUUUCCUCUGCUAUCAGCAAUCUCACGCCGGCUUUUACCUUCAUGCUCGCCGUUAUCUUCAGGAUGGAGAAAGUAGUGUUAAGGAGCUCUGCGACUCAAGCCAAAAUCAUCGGCGCAAUAGUAUCUAUAUCUGGUGCUCUUGUUGUUGUGCUAUAUAAAGGCCCAAAAGUUCUCGCUGCUGCAUCUUCACCAUCUACCAUUUCGCUUCACCAGAGUGUAACAUCAUUCGAGUCAAGCUGGAUAAUCGGAGGCCUUUUGCUUGCGUCAGGGUAUUUUCUCUCAUCAGUCUGGUAUAUUCUUCAGACUAGGGUCAUGGAGGUAUAUCCUGAAGAAAUAACUGUAGUCUUGUUCUACAACUUAUUUGCAAUGCUAAUCUCAGGACCUGUAUGUUUCUUUGCGGAAAGCAACUUGAGUUCUUGGGCGCCUAAACCGGGCAUUUCCCUCGCUUCAAUCAUAUACACGGGAGUCUUUGUUUCAUUAGUCAGUGCACUUACCCACACGUGGGGCCUGCGUCUGAAAGGUCCGGUCUACAUAUCCUUGUUCAGGCCAUUGUCUAUUGCCAUUGCAGUCGCCAUGGGUGCUAUAUUCCUCGGCGAUGCACUUCACCUUGGGAGUGUCAUUGGAUCAUUGAUAUUGUGCUUUGGAUUCUACACUGUGAUUUGGGGAAAAGCAAAAGAGGCAAACGUGGUUGGAUUAACCAUUAUUAUCGCUUAUGAACUCACUUUGACUUCUGAGAAAUUUUUUGAAAGUCUAGACAUGGCAAGAGGAGCCGAAGAAGAGACCGUGGCGUGGAGAUACUUUUGCAGAGAUGUUGCACCAUUUGCUGCAAUGAUCGCAGUGGAGUGUCUCACGGUUGGAUCUAACACACUGUUCAAGGCUGCGACAUUGAGAGGACUGAGCUUCUAUGUCUUUGUCUUCUACUCUUAUGUUGUUGCUACACUUGUCCUUCUUCCACUUUCCCUCAUCUUUGGAAGGUCAAGAAGAUUACCUUCAGUCAAAUCUCCUGUCUUCUUCAAGAUUUUCUUGCUUGCGCUUGUCGGGUUUAUGUCGGGAAUGGCUGGCUGUAAAGGAAUGGAAUAUAGUUCUCCUACUCUUUCCUCUGCUAUCAGCAACCUCACGCCAGCUUUCACCUUCACGCUCGCCGUAAUCUUCAGGAUGGAGCAAGUAGUCUUAAAGAGCUCUGCGACUCAGGCUAAAAUCAUUGGCACUAUAGUAUCUAUAUCAGGUGCUCUUGUUGUUGUUCUCUAUAAAGGCCCAAAAGUUAUCGCUGCUGCAUCUUCAUCAUCUACCGUUUCACAUUUGACAUCUUUUGAUUCAAGUUGGAUGAUUGGAGGUCUCUUACUCGUUUCACAGUAUAUGCUUAUUUCAGUCUGGUAUAUUCUUCAGACUCAGGUCAUGAGUGUAUACCCUGAAGAAAUAACUGUAGUGUUCUUGUACAACUUAUGCGCAACGCUAAUCUCAGCACCUGUAUGUCUAUAUGCUGAAAAAGACUUGUCUUCUUUUCUGCUUAAACCGGGUGUCUCCCUUGCUGCAAUCUUGUACUCGGUCAAGAAGAUUACAUUCAGCGAAGUGCCUGAUGGCUGGCUUUCACAUUCACUCUCGCAGUCAUCUCCAGAAAGUCUUUACAUCAGAUCUAUGACAAGAGGAACAGGAGAAGAGACAGUUGCUUGGAGACACUUUUGCAGAGAUGUUGUGCCGUUCACUGCAAUGGUCGCUGCGGAGUGUGUUACAGUUGGAUCCAACACACUGUUCAAGGCUGCUACAUUGAGAGGACUGAGCUUCUAUGUCUUUGUCUUCUACAAUUAUGUAAUUGCUACACUUGUUCUUCUCCCACUUACCCUCAUCUUCGGAAGGUCAAGAAGAUUACCUUUAGCCAAAUCUCCUGUUUUCUUCAAGAUUUUCUUACUUGCGCUUGUCGGGUUCAUGUCGGUGAUAGCUGGAUGUAAAGGAAUCGAAUAUAGUUCUCCUACUCUUGCCUCUGCUAUUAGUAACCUCACACCAGCUUUCACCUUCACGCUCGCCGUUAUCUUCGGGAUGGAGAAAGUAGUGUUAAGGAGCUCUACGACUCAGGCUAAGAUCAUAGGCACUAUAGUAUCUAUAUCUGGUGCUCUUGUUGUUGUUCUUUAUAAAGGCCCAAAGGUUCUAGCUUCUUCAUCACUUACCAUCUCGCUUGAGCAGCAUUUGAGUUUAUCUGAGUCAAGUUGGAUAAUCGGAGGCAUAUUAAUAGCGUCACAGUAUUUGCUUGUUUCAAUCUGGUUGAUUCUUCAGACUCGGAUCAUGGAGGUAUAUCCUGAAGAAAUAAGUGUAGUAUUCUUAUACAACUUAUGCGCUGCACUUAUCUCAGCACCAGUAUGUCUCUUUGCUGAAAAGGACUUGACUUCUUUUCUGCUUAAACCUGAUAUUUCCCUCGCUUCAGUCAUGUACUCGGGAGCCUUAGUUUCAUCGCUAGGCUCUGUUAUACACACAUGGGGUCUGCAUCUAAAAGGUCCAGUCUAUAUAUCAUUGUUCAAGCCAUUGUCUAUUGUUAUUGCGGUUAUCAUGGGUGCUUUAUUCCUCGGCGAUCCACUUCACCUUGGGAGUGUGAUCGGAUCAGUGAUUUUGAGCUUAGGAUUCUACACUGUGAUUUGGGGCAAAGCAAGAGAGGAUGCAACCAAAACUGUGGCUGGUUCUGAGCAGUCACCUUUGUUGGUUACAUACACCAGAGAAGAUGAAGCCUCAUCAUUAAGAUGUGACUGA